CCUCCCCUCCGCCGCCAACCCCCUCCCGGAUUUCAAGAACCACGCCCAGUGUUAGCCCCCUUCCCCCCAUCUACACCCCAAUUGCAAUCCAAAAUACAGUAAACAAUGGCUUCGAGAACCGACCUCGACGACGAGGAUCUCACCUUCCACUGCUGCGCGCCCCUUCGGGCCUCGGAGCUCUUGAGGCCCGUCGAAGUUGGCGAGAUUGGCGGCCCAGGCCACGCCGGGAAGUCGACGUUCUUCGCCUGGCCCAUCCUCGGGCCGCUCCUGUUUGAGAACGCGACCAGCGACGCGCGAGACCACUGCGCGAACGAGAGGACGUUCCUCUCGUACCUCCGCCUGUCCGUCUACAUGUCCAUCGUCGCUGUCGCCAUCGUCCUCUCCUUCCACCUCAAGUCCGAGCCCAGCCAGCUCGAGCUGCGCAUGGCCAAGCCCCUGGGCAUCGUCUUCUGGAUCCUCGCCGUCGCGUGCCUGUGCCUCGGCCUCGGGAACUACAUCAAGACCGUGAACAAAUACAGUCGCAAGGCGGCGAUCGUGCAGACGGGAUGGCGGACCCAGCUUGUUCUCUCCAUCGUGGCCCUCAGCAUCGUUGGGGCCUGUGCCGUGCUACUGGUCAUUGCCAAGAUCACGGCCAACGCUGAGAAGGGAGAAUCUUCACAUGCCGCGGUCUACGCGGCAGGUCACGUCUUGAAAUGAAGCAAACGGGGUCGAUGUCAAUAGCCACAAUGUAUUUCCCGUUUCUCCCAAUUCUUCGCCGCGUCAUUACCAGCCCGUGCUGAUGCUUAUCCCGUGGGUAUAUAUAAAAAAAAAAGAAGAGAAAAGAGGGAAAAAGCUC